AUGUUCGUGGCUUUCGUAAUUACAUUUCUGUGUGAACUGGCGUGUUCGCAGAUAAUAGAAGAACUGUUGAAAGAAGACCAAGUGAGGAUCGCGUCGAGGGAUGUUGACGGCGACAACGCCAAUCAAAGCAUCAACAAUGAAGCCUCAAAGAAGAUCGAAAAAUAA